AUGGCCCGGCCGGGCUCUCCGCGCCGCGGGUCCCGGGGGGCCUCGGCGCUUCUGGCCGCCGCGCUUCUCUACGCCGCGCUGGGGGACGUGGUGCUCUCGGAGCAGCAGAUUCCGCUCUCCGUGGUGAAGCUGUGGGCCUCCGCUUUUGGUGGGGAGAUCAAAUCCAUUGCUGCUAAGUACUCGGGCUCCCAGCUUCUGCAAAAGAAGUACAAGGAAUAUGAGAAAGAUGUUGCCAUAGAAGAAAUCGAUGGCCUCCAGCUGGUGAAAAAGCUGGCGAAGAAUAUGGAAGAGAUGUUUCAUAAGAAGUCUGAGGCGGUACGGCGUCUCGUGGAAGCUGCGGAGGAAGCACACUUGAAACAUGAAUUUGACGCCGACUUACAGUAUGAAUACUUCAAUGCUGUGCUGAUCAAUGAAAGAGACAAAGAUGGGAACUUUUUGGAGCUGGGGAAGGAAUUCAUCUUAGCUCCCAACGAUCAUUUCAAUAACUUGCCUGUGAACAUCAGCCUGAGUGACGUGCAGGUGCCGACCAACAUGUACAACAAAGAUCCUGCGAUUGUCAAUGGAGUCUACUGGUCUGAAUCCCUAAACAAGGUCUUUGUAGAUAAUUUUGACCGUGACCCAUCUCUCAUAUGGCAGUACUUUGGAAGCGCGAAGGGCUUUUUUAGACAGUAUCCAGGGAUUAAAUGGGAACCAGAUGAGAAUGGAGUCAUUGCCUUUGACUGCAGGAACCGAAAAUGGUACAUCCAGGCAGCGACUUCUCCAAAAGACGUGGUCAUUUUAGUUGACGUCAGCGGCAGCAUGAAAGGACUCCGUUUGACUAUUGCAAAGCAGACAGUGUCAUCUAUUCUGGAUACUCUGGGGGAUGAUGACUUCUUCAACAUUAUUGCUUAUAAUGAGGAACUGCACUACGUUGAACCUUGCCUGAAUGGAACGCUGGUGCAAGCUGACAGGACAAACAAAGAGCACUUCAGGGAGCAUCUGGACAAACUUUUUGCCAAAGGAAUCGGAAUGCUGGAUAUAGCUCUGAACGAGGCCUUCAGCAUUCUCAGCGAUUUCAACCACACGGGACAAGGAAGCAUCUGCAGUCAGGCCCUCAUGCUCAUAACUGAUGGGGCGGUGGACACCUACGACGCCAUCUUUGCAAAACACAAUUGGCCUGACCGGAAGGUUCGCAUCUUCACCUACCUUAUCGGACGAGAGGCUGCUUUUGCAGACAAUCUCAAGUGGAUGGCCUGUGCCAACAAAGGGUUUUUCACACAAAUCUCUACCUUGGCGGACGUGCAGGAGAAUGUCAUGGAGUACCUACAUGUGCUGAGCCGGCCCAAGGUCAUUGACCAGGAGCAUGAUGUGGUGUGGACCGAAGCUUACAUCGAUAGCACUCUCGCUGAUGACCAGGGCCUUGUUCUGAUGACCACAGUGGCCAUGCCCGUGUUUAGUAAACAGAAUGAAACUCGGUCCAAGGGCAUUCUUCUGGGUGUGGUUGGCACAGAUGUCCCCGUGAAGGAACUUCUGAAGACCAUCCCGAAAUACAAGUUAGGGAUUCACGGUUAUGCCUUCGCAAUCACAAACAAUGGAUAUAUCCUGACGCACCCCGAACUCAGGCCACUGUAUGAAGAAGGAAAAAAACGAAGGAAACCUAACUACAGUAGUGUUGACCUCUCCGAGGUGGAAUGGGAAGACCGAGAUGAUGUGUUAAGAAACGCCAUGGUGAAUCGAAAAACCGGGAAGUUUUCCAUGGAAGUGAAGAAGACGGUGGACAAAGGGAAACGGGUUUUGGUGAUGACAAAUGACUACUAUUAUACAGACAUCAAGGGUACUCCUUUCAGUUUAGGUGUGGCGCUCUCCAGAGGCCAUGGAAAGUAUUUCUUCCGAGGAAACGUGACCAUCGAGGAAGGCCUGCAUGACUUAGAACACCCCGACGUGUCCCUGGCAGAUGAAUGGUCUUACUGCAACACCGACCUGCACCCCGAGCACCGUCAUCUGUCUCAAUUGGAAGCCAUUAAGCUCUACCUCAAAGGCAAAGAGCCUCUGCUGCAGUGUGAUAAAGAGUUGAUCCAAGAAGUCCUUUUUGAUGCUGUGGUGAGUGCCCCUAUUGAAGCAUACUGGACCAGCCUGGCCCUCAACAAAUCUGAGAACUCUGACAAGGGCGUUGAGGUCGCUUUCCUUGGCACUCGCACGGGACUCUCAAGAAUCAACCUGUUUGUGGGGGCCGAGCAGCUCACCAAUCAGGACUUCUUGAAAGCUGGAGACAAAGAGAACAUUUUUAAUGCAGACCAUUUCCCUCUCUGGUACCGAAGAGCAGCCGAGCAGAUUCCAGGGAGCUUCGUCUACUCCAUCCCUUUCAGCACAGGAACAGUCAACAAAAGCAAUGUGGUGACAGCAAGUACCUCCAUCCAGCUCCUAGAUGAGCGGAAAUCUCCAGUGGUGGCAGCUGUAGGCAUUCAGAUGAAACUCGAAUUUUUCCAAAGGAAGUUCUGGACCGCCAGCAGACAGUGUGCCGCUCUGGAUGGCAAGUGCUCCAUCAGCUGCGAUGACGAGACUGUGAACUGUUACCUCAUAGACAACAAUGGAUUUAUUCUGGUGUCUGAAGACUACACCCAGACCGGAGACUUUUUUGGUGAAGUCGAGGGUGCUGUGAUGCACAAAUUGUUAACAAUGGGCUCUUUUAAAAGAAUUACCCUUUAUGACUACCAAGCCAUGUGCAGAGCCAACAAGGAGAGCAGCGACAGUGCCCAUGGGCUCCUGGAUCCUUAUAAUGCCUUCCUCUCCGCUGCAAAAUGGAUAAUGACAGAGCUUGUCUUGUUCCUGGUGGAAUUUAACCUCUGCAGUUGGUGGCACUCUGAUAUGACAGCGAAAGCCCAGAAACUGAAACAGACCCUGGAGCCUUGUGAUACUGAAUAUCCAGCAUUUGUGUCUGAGCGCACCAUCAAGGAGACCACAGGGAAUAUUGCUUGCGAAGACUGCUCCAAAUCCUUUGUCAUCCAGCAAAUCCCAAGCAGCAAUCUGUUCAUGGUGGUGGUGGACAGCAGCUGCCUGUGUGAGUCCGUGGCCCCCAUCACCAUGGCCCCCAUUGAAAUCAGGUAUAAUGAAUCCCUUAAGUGUGAACGCUUAAAGGCUCAGAAGAUCAGAAGGCGUCCAGAAUCUUGUCAUGGCUUCCAUCCUGAGGAGAACGCAAGGGAGUGUGGUGGUGCGCAGAGUCUCCAGGCCAAGACGGCCCCUCUUCUGCUCUCUCUGCUUUUGAUAUUCUUCUUGAGGUGACACUGACGGAGAUGUUCCCUUGGCAUGCUAAAUCAUGGAUAAACUGUGAACCAAAAUAUGGUGCGACAUAGAAGACAUAAAAUGUAAUCCAACCAUCAUCAGCAUCUCAUGAUUUUAAACUGUGCGUGAUAUAAACUCUUAAACAUGUUGACGAGAAAAGUUAUCUUUUUACUUUGCCAGCCAUGCAGACGUGUUUGCCACAUGAUAAUCAUCACCCUUCAUCUGAAAUGGGACUGCAAGCGGUAGGCAGCGUCCCUUCUGCUUGAAAUCCAU